CAAAAUCUCAUACUGCAUGAUCCGAUUACGAUUUACAACGCAUUGUACACAGUAUUAGGCAUAUUAUCUUUGAUCAUGUUGAAUAAUAACAAAACAUAGCAUGAAAAGAAAAAAAAUAUAUAUAUACAUUAUCGAACUGUACCAGGAAGAUGUAAACUUAAACAUAUAUGAUACACCUUGUUUAAUUUAACCACAGAGUAGUUUUCCAUUUGUUUGAAUAACAGCUUUUGUGUUUGUAUGUAUACAUUUGCCCAAAUGACAAAUAAGCUUGAAGGCAUUGUGAGACAAUAUUUCAAUUCCAUGUCUUCUAACUUUGUGUCAAUAUUUUAAAACUUAGAUAAACCAAAAAUAUGUUUAAAAACAUCUACGCUUCAAGAACUUGUUUGUCAAAAAAUGGCCACCUUGAGAGACAACAUGUAUAAUUACAAAAUAACAGAAAUGUUAGGCCACCACACUUAUCAAAUAAUAAAUUAAGGGUAUAUAAAAUCAUUGACAAUGACUUCAUACCAUAUGUAUUUUCUUUUUGUAUUCGUUAUAGUAUUGUUAUUUUUUUAAAUAUUAUAUAGGUGGAGGCUUCAAAUAUGCCCAGUGGGCUUUCUGCCUCUUCCUGCACUGUAAUAUAAUUUAUCAAUGUUGUGUUUUUUAUAUUUUUCAAUUGUGCAAAUAAACUAAACUGAACUAAAACUAAUACAAACACUGCUUGGCCCAAUAGAUCUUGAAAACCUAAUGAAUAAGCCCACUUCAUGGUAGCUUCUAGAACAUGUUAUUCUUUAAUUAUUUAAUUAUUUAAGGUUUUGUUUUUUCCCCCCAAAUGAAUAAAAGAAAUCAACAGCUGCACAUGUCUUUGGAUCAGUAUAAAGCGAGAUUGCAAGGUAUGAUAUUCUUGAGAUACUUUCAGCCUUUUGCCGCAAUACACAGCUCUGCAGGAACACAGAGUGGUCUGUUGAAGAGGGGGAGGAGCUACAGUACAGGGGGCGUGGCUUCAUGACAGGGGGAGGAGCCAAUCAGCUGAGAGCAUGCUAGCGCUCAGUUAGCAGUUAGCUUGUGGACGAGCUUAGCUAUCAUUAUGGCACGAACGCUGCUAAGGCUAAGGGGUCUUCAGCUGCAGUGCUUGUUUGAUGUUGCUCCACGUCUCUUAGGAAGGGACUUUCACAUUCAGACGCCUGCUCUAAACAAAGAAGUUACUGAAGUUAGAGAUGCAUCUGCAAUUUCUCCAUCAAAGAGGGCAAGGACGGAGGAGACAAAGCAUGCAGAAAACAGGACUGUCCUCAGGUUUGCAAAGCUUUCUGAGUAUGCCACGACACCCACCAGAGGCUCCACUAAAGCAGCUGGAUAUGAUCUCUACAGUGCAUAUGAUUACACCAUUGGUCCCAUGGAUAAGGCCAUUGUGAAGACAGACAUCCAGAUAGCAGUUCCACAUGGCUGCUAUGGGAGAGUGGCACCGAGGUCCGGACUGGCAGCAAAACACUUCAUUGAUGUUGGUGCUGGAGUUGUAGAUGAAGACUACAGGGGAAAUGUGGGAGUUGUGCUCUUCAACUUCAGCAAGGACUCAUUUGAUGUGAAAAAAGGUGACAGAGUUGCUCAGCUGGUGUGUGAGAGGAUCUGCUACCCAGAUCUGGUGGAGCAAAAGACGCUUGAUGAGACGGAGCGUGGAGCCGGAGGUUUUGGAUCAACUGGACGCAACUGAAAGCUCCAAAUAUAGUUGGCGAUGUACAUGAUGAAAAUACAUAUUGAAUAGGUGUUAAUAAAGUUCUGGUUUUUUUUGUAAUUUGGAGAGUUUGGUGUCUUUACCCGGACUGUCACAGUUUGAGUUCUGUCUAAUGAACUUCUUGUCUGACAAUUCAAUGUAAAAAAAAAAAUCUUUAAAAUCUCCACAUGGGGGCAGUGCAGGACAAGAAAUGCUUCUUAGGUUAAAAAAACCCUAAACAAGUUGAGCCCAACUCCAUCACAGUUUCCAUUGGGCUUAUGCGAGUUUUACUAACUAAAACAUUAAGAGAUCAGGUUACACACGACUGAGUAAGAAGGCUUUUUAACAUGAACCUAGCAGCCUUUAGUUAAACUUUGUCACUUAAAUAUUCAAUCGGGAUAAAGUCGAAGGUACAGCAGGGAAUACAUAUACACCGAAAAUGUUUUUAUUGUGAAUUUACAACUAAACCCUCACUGAUGUGAACAGAGAACACAGACUGGUGUCAGGCUGAGUCCGUGGCAAUGCAGCACUGAUUGUAUUUUUGUGAGAGGAUGUGUGGCCACGAAGACCUCAGUGCAUAAUCAUGAAGGCCCAGGUUUGGCAUCAUCAAUGUGUGUGUCGUGUGUAUGUGUGCAGGUGUGUGUAUGUAUACACAGUUUACAAAAGGAAGUAGUUGGUCAUUAUAAGCACCAUUAUUAACCCCUCUAUUCCAGGGGCUUCCUCUAGUUUACAAAUGCUUCAUAGAUUAAAAGUGGCAUCGAUUAUUACAGUAUAAACACAAUUUACAUGUAGUAUAGAGGAGAGCGGACAGGCUAUGCAGCUAGCUGAUACUGUUGCAAAGACAUGGAAAUCUUCAGAAUGACCAAUGGGAUUGUAUUGUUGACUACUGAGUUGUGUAUAGUAGUACAGUGCAUUCAGAAGUCUAUGUGGUUGGGUUGCUAGCACCAGUAAAUAUGAAUUAUUCUAGUCAGUAGGAAAGAUGGGAAAAGCAUAGUUUAAAUAUGCAGUUGGAGUCGUUCAAGCUCAGACGUGGCUACAUCUCAACAGUCCAUAGUGGGUUCCUUUCCUCUCCUAAACAUUCUCUUUAUUUCAUCUUCACUCCAUUUAAGUUAACAUCUGGGGAAGUAGAAAUGUGCUUUUACUUUCAUGUAUCCCGGCUUGUUCAGUUGUUAACCUGAAGGGAGGAAAUUUAUUUAUUACAGACUAUUGGGACUCACCCUUUUUCUUCUUUCUAAAAAAAAAAAAGAAACUCAGCCUUCAGAGCUUUCUGCAGUCCUCAUGCCCUUCAAA